AAAUUUGAUGGCUGUGGGCCACACCGCCGAUCUUCCAAUUGUAUGCUGCCUUCCCUUGUGCUUUGUGUGCAGACGUGUUCGAAUUAGACAGUUCCUUAAGUUGGCUGGCCAGAAUUUCAAACAUCAUCCAAUUCUGUUCACAAUCUUCCUGUUUUGGGAGCAUGGUUGCUUGCUUUCGAUAUGCUUCAAUUGAUGUUCAUUCAGUUUAUCUUCCACCACCAAAACUUGAAUUCAACUAUGAUCAUCAGGAAUGGAUACAGAAAGAAGUAACUGAGGUCCAUGACAGAGCCAAAGUCCUCUUUACAGAAGUACAUAAUGCUCUGCAGCAGAUUUCAGAAAAAACAUUAGGUUCAAGGUCACAGGACAUUGGCACAAAAGCUGCUGAUCUAAGACUUCACAUUUCAGAACUGGAAGCCAUGCUAGAAAAGGACAAAGAAGAAUUUGAGGAAUCUAUUCGACAAACUUUAAAUCGGGAAGUGAAGGUUAGGCAACCUUCAAUUGAUAUUCUUGAGAUCAAUAAACUGAGGAGGCAGAUUCUCUUCCAUUCUUAUGUUUGGGACCAACGUCUCAUACAUGCAGCGGGUUUAAUUUACACAAAGCUCCAGGAAGGUUUGAGCAAUUCCAUCCCAAAGCUUAAAGGAUCUGUCAGUUCCAUGGAGAAGCUUGUUGAUACAAAUAUCAACUCCAAGCCGAGUAAAGGUUUCAGUAGUUGUGAUUCCUUUCUUCAGGAGGCUAGGCCAGAUCCAGACCUUAAUCAAGGAAGAAAUAUUUGUGACGUCAAUGAAUCAAUUAAAGUUCCUGCCGAAAAGGAUGACCAGGAAUUGAAUCAUAGGAAGGAGGCUGAGCUUGGUCUUUCACCUGCUACAAAUAGCAAUGAUAAAUUUGAUACUCUGGAAUCUGGAAAAGUUGUAAGAAGAGCUCUAUCGGAGGGUGAAUUUCCAGUUUUGUCUAAUUUAUCUGAUACUCUUGAUGCAGCAUGGACUGGUGAAAGUCAUCCAGCAAACUUAACAGCUAGAGAGAAUGGCUACUCUCCUUCUGAUUCAAUGCCACUGGAGACACCGAGUGUGGUAAAUUCUGUAAAAGCAAAUCUAGAGCUGGAGCAUUGUACAAUUGACCAAGGUGGAACUGAGGUGGCUUCUUCUUCCACAUCUGUUUCAUCUAACAAGGGGCCUGACGAUCCAGAAAACUCGACGAGGAUGGCUAUACCUUUUUCAAAUUUCACCACUUCAUUCAGCAGAAAUUCUUUAUUCAGUGCUCAAAAGCUGGGUAUUAGUGAGUAUAAUCCGGUUUAUGUUCCAUCAUUUAGGGAGUUGGAACAGCAAAGUGGAGCUCGGCUUCUUCUGCCUGUUGGGGUUGAUGACACCAUCGUGCCUGUUUAUGAUGAUGAACCAACAAGUAUUAUAGCCUAUGCACUAAUCUCAUCAGAUUAUUAUGUCCAGAUGUCUGAGUCCGAGAAGCCAAAAGAUGCUGUUGAUUCUGCAGCUUCAUUAUCACUUCUUGAUUCGGUGAAUCUACUCUCACUUAAUUCUUUUGAUGAUGCAUCUUCUGAUACAUAUAGAAGUCUUGGCUCGUCAGAUGAGACCAUCUUAUCUACAUCUGGGUCCCGUGGUUCCCAGGUUUUAGACCCACUGUUAUAUACAAAAGAUUUGCAUGCAAGAGUUUCUUUUACUGAUGAUUGCCCUCUUGGAAAGGUAAAGUAUACAGUUACUUGUUACUAUGCCAAGCGAUUUGAGGCCUUAAGGAGGAUCUGUUGCCCUUCUGAGUUAGAUUUCAUUCGCUCUCUUAGUCGUUGUAAGAAAUGGGGUGCCCAGGGUGGCAAGAGCAAUGUAUUCUUUGCAAAAACUUUGGAUGAUCGAUUUAUCAUCAAGCAAGUAACCAAGACAGAGCUGGAGUCUUUUAUCAAGUUUGGUCCAGCUUAUUUCAAGUAUUUGUCUGAAUCAAUUAGUACUAAAAGCCCUACUUGCCUUGCAAAGAUCUUGGGUAUCUAUCAGGUUUCAUCGAAGCACCUCAAAGGAGGGAAGGAAUCGAAAAUGGAUGUUUUGGUAAUGGAGAAUCUUCUAUUUAAGCGUAAUGUUACAAGACUUUAUGACCUUAAAGGCUCUUCUCGGUCAAGGUAUAAUCCAGAUACAAGUGGAAGCAAUAAGGUUCUGCUGGAUCAGAAUUGAUGAAG